AUGGUAAGCCAAAAGCAAGACGUUCCGAAGGAGUUCACUCGUAGCGGAAACACCGAUCAUCAUGGUAAUGUGCAUGUGAUAGCGGAUACGAAGGUGUUUGGCUACGGUACUGCUGGCUUCAGGGCGGACGCUGCUUCACUACCGUUUAUCAUCUACAGAAUGGGUUAUUUGGCCGGACUUCGCGCUAGAUAUUUGAAUAAAGCCAUCGGUGUUAUGAUAACAGCCUCGCACAAUCCCGAGAAUGACAACGGCGUGAAAUUGAUUGAUCCACACGGUGAAAUGCUGGACGCGUGUUGGGAGAAAGCAGCCGACGAAAUUGUCAACUGC